AUGCCCGUGCAGGAUGCUGAUCUUAAACAUGGCUUCUGCUUGCCCUUGGCUGAUGCACCCACCUCCCCCAAGAAGGCGAAGAGCAUCCCCGGGCGCUGUGACUUGGAGAGCUGGUUCUCACCUCCUUCCACCAAGUGUUCUGCCAUAAGGAUCAUUCCCGAGGAGGAGAUGACUGAGCAUAACUUUCUUGCCAUCCGAGUCAUGGUCACCAGUGAUACAAGCAGCUCUGAGCUGGAGUCUGAUUUUAAUGGUGACUCAUCUAACUCUGAAGUGAGCGAAGGACAGACCACGCUGCUGGAGCCCCCCGCCUGCUCGAGCCCCAUCCAGAGGUGGGCAUCGCUCAUCAGCAGCCCUGUGGUGCCAGAGGAAAGCUCCAAAACAUCCAAAGUUGCUGAUGCACUCCAGAGAGCCAACAGCUUUCACUCCACAGCGUUAAAUAAGUGUCAGAAUUGGAGGAGAAAACUCCAAACAAGCUUUCCUCUGCUGUCCAGCAAGAAACCUGGGCUACACUGGAAGGACAGCUCAGGCAGCUGUCAGAGCGGUCCUGGAGAGGGUCAUUCCCAAACACAGUCGAUUUCUUACAAUAGGCCACCAGAAACUACAAAAGGACAUUUGAAACCCUACAGCCAAGUAUUUCAAAGAAAAGAAAAAGCCAGAGAGAUGCCUGAAGACACAUAUUGCUAUGUCCCUCAUUGUUCUUUUCAGAGCAGCACCACAGGUUCUCCAAGGACCUCUCCUGGAAAUGGGAAACUAGUUGUUGAUUUUUAUGAGCCUGAAGAUACAGAUAGUGACUCUGGGACAUACUCAGCCCAGGACUGGAAGGAAAAAACGUGGAAAUACAUCUCUGAACCAGAAGACUUUAAUAAGAAGACAAAAGAGCUGUCAUCUCUGGAUUUGAAAGGGAGAGAUGGCAAAAAUACCAGGCACACAGAAGAAAAGCUCGAGCAAGAAUUAAAGGAGGCAAAAAAGAGGCUGGGGCUUUGUACUCAACAGCAACCCUUGUAUGACUCAAACAGGACAGACUUAGGUGGAACCAGGGCAGGGUAUCGAAACAGUGAAGCCCUGUGGACUACAGAGAAGGAUGAUGACUGCAGAAGAGAUGCAUUCAAACGAUCUGGUUGUCCUGUGCCUCUUGUAAUUGCAGGUGAUGCUCCGCCAGCUUUGCCAGUUGACACAAAAGAUGGUCUGAGGAGUCUGGAUGCAGUUUCCAGGGAGCACACAGCUGGCCAGCCAAAAUCACCACUGAGGAUCAUAGCCAAUGCUAUCAAAAGGUCUAUUUUGGAGCCUCUAACCUCGACUCCAGGAGGACUAAAGCAGGACUCAGAGAGAAAAGUCAAAGCCUCUUCGGAACAAGCUUUCUUCAGCUUCCCCAGCGCUCCUGGUAAUUCCCUAAGCCAAAGGAACACUAACAACAAUAACACUCAGACACAGGAUCUUAAAGUAGGGGAGUGGGAAGGAGAAUAUUUAGGAGAUGGAAGCCCUUUCUCAAAUCCACGUAAUUUUUCUGUCAGCUCCAAAGAGAUAUCUCUAAGGGAUUAUAGUGAACAGGUAUCCCUCACGUCCUACAGUCCUCACACCAGGCCUCCCAACACAACCAGUCUACCUCAGAAAUCAUCUUGCACUAGGAUGGAGGAUGUCCCGGGACUCUUAGAAAAGUUUAGCUUUAAGGACACUCCUCCAGAGACUCCCAUGGAUGACAUGUGUAUCUGUAAGGAACAGUCCACUCAUCGUUCAUCUCCAAAGCCCAAGAACACCUCCAAGGACAAUCUGGAUGACUCUGUACAAAAGGGUAGUCUUGGAUUGCUCUUCAGUAGACUGAGAAGUAAAGGUCAUGAAAGAGAAGGGAAUUCCUUGAUGUCAUCUCUGCUUGUCCCAAAGGACCAUUCUCCAGACAACAGCUUGUGCUAUCGUUCCACAGGAUGUGAACACCUACCUGUCAGAAAACAAGCUAGUGAGUAUUCGACUUCAUCCUCUGAUGAUGAAUUUGAAUUCAAGCCUUCAUUAACACACAAGGCAAAAACAGCUCUCAGAAGGAGAAGGAAGCUGGAGAAGGAGACAAAGCAGUUGAUUAAACAAGAGGAGCUGAAGAGGCUUCACAAAGCACAGGCAGUCCAACGCCAACUAGAAGAGUUGGAGGAAAGACAAAGAGCUCUGGAGAUUUCUGGUGUCGAACUGGAGAGAGAACUAAGAGGAGAAGCAGAUUCAGGCACAAAAGAUGAAACUCAGAUGCUACAUGAAUGGUUUGAGCUGGUCCUGGAGAAGAAUAAGUUAAUGCGUUAUGAGUCUGAGCUCCUGAUUAUAGCCCAAGAGCUAGAACUGGAGGACCACCAAAGCAGGUUGGAACAAAAGCUGAGGGAGAAAAUGGCCAUUGAUGACAGCCUUAAAGAUGAGGAGGAUCUGAAUGAGGAGGAUGAAAUUUUUAUUGAGAUGAUGAAAGUGGUGGAAGAAAGAGACAAACUUGUGUGUACCUUAGAGGAGCAGAGAGUGAAAGAAAAAGCAGAAGACCAGCACUUUGAAAGUCUUAUAUUAUCCAGAGGCUACCAGCUGAGCAGGAUUUAAACAGCCACAUGCAAAUAAACAUCAUUUCAGCAAUAUUCCCAAUCAUGGAGAUACAGUCUUCUGAAAAAUGAAGGAAUUAAAAUUUAAAAUCAGCUUAUUUGGGAAACAUGUCGUUUUGUUAUCAAAAGCUUCUAAGCACUUCUUUUACUCAUACUGGAGUGAGUCGUUUCACUGGCAGCUCAAAGGAUCACUGGCAUACAGAUUUGGACUGAAUUUGCCUGACUGAUGGGCAUCAGGGUCUGUGAAAGGGAAAUCAAAGCUCUAUUAUUCUCUUGGAAUUUUAUUUUAAUGCUGAGAGUAGAGUUUCUGAGGAACAUGAUGACAUCACUUCGUAUUUUUGAGACAGCAUUACUGUUCAUCUGUUUGUCUGAAUCUGUAUGUGCUUUUGUUAAUAUUUUGGCACAGCCAAGCCAUGGUCAACUAUGCAAAAGUCAGAAAACAAGCAUCUCAUAUAAAAAUAGGAUUAGAUUUUAUUUCUGGUGGAGGAAGAGUCAUUUGACUAAUGACUACAUAUAAGCACUCACUAAAACUACUGUAAAUACAAUGUCAGAAAUUAAUUUUUCAGGUAUUUGUAAGUUUUAUUGCACUGUGUAUUUUUGAACAAGAAGUUAAAGUGAUAUUAAAUCCCUACAUUUUGUAAAAUGGUAAGGGAUUAUCAAAGGAGUGACUACCCUUAAAGCUGUUACAUGCUCAAAAAAGUUUCUGUAUGUCAGAGAUUAAGGUCUUUAAAAUACAAUAAAAGAUCAUUCAAAAAUAGUAAUCCAGACCCAACUGAUAUUUAUAGGGUAGCCUUUACUAUGGUAGACUUUUUACAGUUGCUUGAUAAAACCUAUCACGAGUUGUGCCAUAGGGUGCAAUGAGUGGUAUAGCAGUUAAAGAUCUCCCUGAGAAUAAUUCCUGAAAAGGACUGCAAAAAAUGUUGAGUUUGUAAUAUCAACAUUUGAUAGAAAAUAUUGUGGCUGCAUUUAAACUACAUUUGUCUUCCUACUUAAGAAUAUAUGCAUAUUUUUAGCUUAAAGGAACUAUCCCCUGUCUUUGUUGUACGUGCAUUUGUAGAUAUUGGCAAAACAGAUGUUGCAGAAGUUCUCCUAAUUUAAGUACUUUCUUAAAUCUGAGGUAAUUCCGCAAUUUAAGAUUAGUGCAUCAUACAUACAGUUGGGAAUAUUACCAGAUUUUCAAACUGAAAACAGAAAAAAAACAAGAAAGAGAAACUGAAAGACUGUUUAUUUUUGAAUGUGAUUUUACCUCAUGCUCUGAGAAGAUUUGAUGUUCUCAUUAUUUCAUGAAUGGUGCUAAUGUGCAGCAUUUGCCUGCGGUACAGCCAAAGCUAGAAGCCUUCCUGUCACAAAAGGUUUAAACUAAAAAACCACUUGGUAGGUACUUGUAGGGUAACAGGCACACUGGAUUCUGUCACAAUAACUUAUUAAUUAUCUUCAGGGUUUUUUUUGCUGUAUUAAAGAAAUUUGAAAUACCCAUUCUAAAUAUAAAAGCAAGUUCUUACUAUUGGCCACAGAUAAAUAUACAAGGACUAUGCUGUUGUUCUACACUAUUUAUGUGUUCUUAUUUAUUUGACUGUUUAAAGAGGAUAAAUGUCAGAUUACAUUUUACAGUUUGGAUGUUGUCUCUGAUUUUGGUUGAAAAAUGUGUAUUUUCAACAGUUGUGUAUAGGAAAAGCUGUGCAUUGCAGAGUAGACUUACCAAUUUGGUAAAUAAUUAGCAAGAAAAUAUGAAUUAGGAUUUUAAACAAGGUUGAGUUACUAUAACUUGAAGGGAUGGUCUAAAAACGUAACAGGCAGGGCUUUAAAAGUACCAUUUGUCUUCCAUCACAGUGGAAAGACAGAGGAGAAUCCUUGAAUGUGUUCCAAAAUUACCAUCUUUUUUUCCCCUGUCACUCAUAGGCUAAGCAUACCUAUUGUUCAGAUGACAUCUUUAUUGAGAUUAGUUGCAGUGAUUGAUUUUUUUAAACUAUUACUCAAGAUUGACACAAAGUAGGAGAGGCAGAGCAGCAAUAAAUAUUUUAGUUUUCUCUGUUGAGUUCUGCUGGUAUUUCCAGUUAUGUGGAGAAAAUUUCUGGGUUUCAUCACUGUUGCUAGAAGCCUCAUGUAAUCCCAUAGAACAAGACAGUCUAGAACAUUUAUCACAGCUUUCUGAAGAAAAACAGAGAGUCAAAGUAUUUUCAAGGUAUUUUUAAAAAGUGAGAUUUCAGUUUACAGGAGAUACCUGUUCUGCUAUAAAACCAAAUACAAAAGGGUGCUUUCCCUUUAGCUCCAAAGUUUUGCAUUGCUGGGAGUAUUAGAGACAACAGAAGCUGAGGGCCAUCAGCACUUUAGGGACUUCAAAAAUAUUCUUACUAAAAGAAUACUUUUUCUAGACGCCAUGUGGUUGUAAUACUUGCUGCACCCAAAAACACGUGUCUGCUCUUGGGUGGAAAAACCUGUCAGGCCACUGUAACCCUACCUGAUAUUAAGUACCUCACCAGAUUAGAACCAAAAAUAAACUGUGCAAGUGAUUUAGAAAAUAAUAGACUCUUAAUUAAGUCAUUUAAAGCAGGUCUUUGUGUAUUAUGAGAGUAGAGAAGGAGGUAAAAAAAAGGGAAGCUAUGUGCACUGUUCACAGGUCAAUUUGAUAUGGUUGGCUUUUAUUAGAACUGUAUUUAAACACUGGUUUGGUUAUGAGUUUUCUUGCUGCUCAGUCUUUUCUGUGAAUUGCCUCACUAAUUUAUAAUAGAUUUGUUCAUUUUUAAGUUCUUGGCACUGUCAUUUUGGGGUAUGAUGUGGUGUGCUGGAAUGUAUUGAAUGUGUCUAAAUGGGCUGGA